GCCCAUAACAAACAAGAGAAGGUUAAUUAACAGUACAGCGAGCCACAACAUAGAAAGAAGCUCUCUGCUCUGGUGCAUUUUUUUUUCUCAGUUCUUCUUUAUUUUAUUUUUUGAUCUGAAACACUUGCUAGAGAGAAAAUGGUGGAUCCGGUGGGUUUCAGAUUUAGGCCGACCGACGAGGAGAUCGUCGACUAUUACCUCAGAUCCCGGUCGAAAAAUAUCGAUGGUAACAAGAGUCAUGUCGAUAAAGUCAUUAACACAGUUGAUAUCUAUAGCUUCGAUCCUUGGGAGUUGCCUCCCCAGUCGAGUUCGAUGAGGAAUGCGACUAUGUUAUUGUUUGGUAUGGAAAAAGGUAGUAAAGACAACAAAUAUAACGGAGGAGAGAGACAGAGCAGGAAAAAGAGAUCUUGUUUUUUGAGGAAGACAGGAGUUAAUGUCAACAUGAUCAACCCAACUGUCCAACAGCCCAUGAAAAGAAAGAAGAAGAACUGAGCCAACAACAAUGCAAGCCGAGAACCUCCAUAUAAGAUAACAGCUCCCGUAAGAGGGUCGCAAAGUCUAACUCAUGUGAAGAAUGGUUUUAUUAAGGUUAACUAUAUUGCAAAAAUCAUACAAUCUUUACAGAGUACGGAUCAACUUAUGUCACAUGUUUCUUAAUUCUUCUCAUACGUUCACAGCUUAAUAUUAUUGUAUAUCCUCCAAAUCUUCAACUAAUUAUUUCUAAGAUAAAGCUGCUAGCGUCAACUGUAAAUCCCAUGUAAUUGUUUGCAUAGACACGCUAAAUC